UGCCCGGCUCUUUUGAUGGACUUGCUAAAGAAAUACAACAACUAGAGACAAUAAUAUUCUCUGACACUCACACACAUUACAGUUGGCUGGCAAAAACAACCGGCGCUUCCUCUCUGGUUUCCCCUUCACGUGCUCGGUGAAUCCCGCCGGAGAAAAACGGCUGCGGCGGAGCAGAGUCAUCUAAUGAUGCAGUUCGUGGACGAGACCUCUUUCUAUAACCGGAUCGUUCUGGGUCACCUUCUGCCGGCGAAUCUGUGGGACCCAUUACCGCAUUUCCUCCAGACAUGGCUCCGGAACUACCUCGCCGGAACCCUACUCUACCUCAUCUCCGGUUUAAUCUGGUGCUUCUACAUCUACUACCUUAAGCACAAUGUUUACGUCCCCAAAGAUGCCAUCCCUACAAGAAAGGCCAUGCUUUUGCAGAUAUAUGUGGCAAUGAAGGCUAUGCCAUGGUACACUCUUCUUCCAACUGUCUCUGAGCAUAUGAUUGAAAGAGGUUGGACGAGGUGCUUCUCGGAAAUAGAUGAUUAUGGAUGGACCCUUUAUUUAGUUUACCUCGCUUUCUACCUCGUUAUUGUGGAGUUCGGCAUAUAUUGGGUGCACCGGGAGCUGCAUGAUAUUAAACCUUUAUACAAGUAUCUCCAUGCAACCCAUCAUAUCUACAACAAGCAGAAUACUCUUUCUCCUUUUGCGGGACUUGCCUUUCACCCAUUGGACGGGAUACUUCAGGCAGUUCCACAUGUGAUAGCGCUGUUUAUCGUCCCGAUCCAUUUCACAACCCAUCUGGCUCUCUUGUUCAUGGAGGCCGUAUGGACGGCCAACAUCCACGACUGCAUCCAUGGCAACAUCUGGCCUGUAAUGGGAGCUGGAUACCACACCAUACACCACACAACUUACAAGCAUAACUACGGCCAUUACACCAUUUGGAUGGAUUGGAUGUUUGGUUCCCUUAGGGAUCCCAUUGAAGAAGAAGACAGCAGCUCCAGCUCCAAGAAAGCAAAGUGAGAUAGACGCCUGCCCUCUUUGGGGGGGUUUUGUGUUUUGCUUGGCGUUGGCGUUGCGUUUCUGAGAUCUUUUUCUUCUUGUUCUUCUGUUUCUAUAUAUCUUCCCAACAUUGCGGUUGAAACAUUUCUUCACAUUUUGUCUAGUUUAUUUCUGUUCUUCUCUAUAAAGGAACGAUCUUUUGCCA